AUGCAGCAGGUGCAGCUCGGCGGGCUGGCUCUCAUCGGUCUUGGAGUAGCGACACUUCUUCAACUAACUGAUGUGUUAGAGGAAGUCACUACUAAUGUGAACUUCAUCCCCAUCACUGUUAUAGUACUCGGGGCUCUUAUCUUCCUGAUAGCGUUCCUGGGAUGUUGUGGGGCGAUACGGGAGAACAGAUGCUUUCUCACUUUGUACGCUAUAUGCAUGAUAGCGUUGGCUGCAGCCAAGCUAUUCGUGGUGGUGGUUGUGUUCAGAAAUCUCAGCGACAUCAAGGACCUGGUGAAGGAGUGGCUGGAGGAAGCCUUCAGCAGGCUGGAGAUCAGGGAACAGUUCUAUGUUAUGCAAUCCACGGUGUUAUGGUCCCUUCUUGCUCCCUUCACAUCUCCUCUCCGCCCAUACAACUCCACAAAACAAGAAUUUUCAUGGCAUCAAGACUGUUUAGCCACUUAUACAAGUGAGGAGAAAAUAAGGCGUCGAGAAAUUGCGUUGCAUAAAAAAGAAGAAGAAGAAGUGUCUGCUUCAAUUUCCAAAGCAAACGUGGAGGAGCUGACUCCAAAAUCUCGUUCGUCAUCACGGGCAGCGUUGAAAAAAUCGUUGAAAUGCAUAUUUUGUAAGAAGGUAACAAGAAACAAAGAUAAGCAGCUACAUUUAUGUUCGGAAAUUUCAGCAGAGGAAAAAAAUUUUAGUACUGCACGUAGGAAAGAAGAUCAUGUUUUUACUGAACUGAGUACUUGUCAACGACCUGAAGAUUUAUUUGCUAUCGGAGUGAGAUAUCACAAACAUUGUUACCUUGAUUAUUUAAGAUUACCGAGAAGUUCUGAAUUGCCAGCUGGUCGACCUUCAAGUCAAAUCCCUAAAGAAAUACUUAUCGAUGCAUUUGACAAACUAAUAGAUGAAAUUAAAGACCGGUUACCAACACAUUCUUUUGAAUUCCAAUGCUGUGGAACAACGGGUCCAAACUCCUACCCUGGGACCCUCCCGCCAUCUUGCUGCCCAUCUAGCGAGCAGACCUGCGUAGCUUCAUCAGCCUUCGAAGGCUGCAACAAGGUUGUAGCUGACUUCUUCGAGGUUUAUGGUGAAGUCAUCGGAAUCAUCGUAGCUGUGAUUGUGGCUAUUGAGGUUCUCGCAGUAAUAUUAUCAUUUAGUUUCUGCAGCACCGUCGGUAAAGAUCGAAGGAGAACCGUCUAG